AUGCGGGGCUGGGAUGUUCCGCGUCGCGAGCGACCACCCGUGAUGAUCAAGCUCGUGUCGAUGCCUUCCAGGUCUUUCUCCUUGUUGUAUUUCCUCUUAGCAGCGCUGAUAUCGCGACUCGAAGGGUACGACCCUUGGAACGAAAUCCCAGCAUCAUGCAGCCGUUCGCGUAGAAUUUCCUCGGCCUCAUCGGACGAAGCAGCGCUUUUCAGAACCCUGUACAACUGCGGGCUGCACAUCAGUCAACGAUGA